GGAGUCCGGCCCUCUAGGAGCUGCUUGGUCUGUAACCAGGUGAUCAGGGAGGUGGAGCAGAAUCAGCUCAGGUAUCUGAACGCCUCGCGGGCGCAGAACGCCACAGGCAUGCUCACAGUCACAGUAGGAAGAACAAGAAUGACGAGACGCCAGAACUUCAGGGUUCUGCAGGUCGUGAUGGUGAUGGUGCCCGUGGUCGUCCUCAUCACAUUCGUCCUGCAGAAUUACGGCAUCUUUGCCGCUACGGCAUUCACAUUUGACUGGCGGCGUGCUUUAUCUGAAGGCGCCGCCCCUCAGACCUUCAAGACGCCUCCUAAACAGUCAGGAUCGUGCGUCAUAAAUAAAGAGUGUCCGGAGGAUCACUUCAGCUUCUUCAUCCAGAGCGGAGCCGCUAACGUCGUGGCUCCAAAGAUCUGCAUCCAAAACAAGCUGGUUCUUGGCUCGGUGCUGAACAACGCUGGAUAUGGGAUCAACAUCGUUAUAAUAAACGGUAAAACAGGAGAAGUCACAAAGAUCGCCAGCUUCGAAAUGUACAGCGGCGAUGUGAAACCUCUCAUCGAGCUCCUGAAGAGCAUCACAGACGGCUCCGUUGUGCUGAUGGCGUCCUACGACGAGCCUUCAACAAAGUUAAAUGAAGAUGCGAGGAAGCUGAUUUCUGAGCUGGGGAGCUCUGCUGUCAAGUCGCUUGGCUUCAGGGAUAACUGGGUGUUUGUUGGCGGGAAAGGAGCAGCGGUGCAGAGCAGCUUCGAGAAGCUCAUAAAGAACGACAACGCUAAGAACAAAUACCAGAACUGGCCCGAGAUUAUCGACCUGCAAGGAUGCAUCCCCAAAUACCUGAACUGACCCGCCGCCUCAGCCCGAAGGAACGUUUCAACUUUUACAGCCAACUGCAGGAACAAGAAGCCGGAGAACCCGAACGUGUUUGUUCUAUAAGAACAGGAGACUCAGUAAACGUUUGACGGUAUGAACCAAAGCCUGGUGUGUAAAUUGAUAUCUGUUUGACCUGAGGAGCCAGUUACUGCGUCAGUGCAGGUAAAUACAGAGAAUCCACCCGUUCUCUCUCUACACUCCUUCCUCCUCGGGCGAACGUUCGAUGGUGACCUGAACAAUGACAGAAUCAUACAGAAGAACUCAGGGACUCUCGGGCUACAGCCACACUGCUGUGUCUUCUUUUUAAAAUGGAGCUUUUAAAACAAAAACGAUCUCCGUCCACAACAGCGUUUCAGCUGCGUAUCAGAUUUGAUCUCUGUCUAUAAGAAAACGACUGAAAACGCACAUCACGUGACCGCUCACGUACACUGGGCGUGUGCGUGCCGGUGUAAACAGGAAGCGGAUUGUCUACUGCGCAGCUACAGAAGAAAGUUCUGCUACAGACGAACGAAGAGCAGCAGAGAUUUCAGGUGGAAGUGUUACUGAGAGGAACACGGGAGGACAAAGAGGCAAAGUCAAUACGGAGACAUGCAGAGGACAAAUGUAGAAGUGUUAUUUACACAGUACAGAGUAUUUUAAUAAAAACACCAAAACUAAAACUCUGUCAGUAGCGGCGUAGACAAUCUGCUUCCUGUUUAAACGUACACGCACAUGCUCAGUGUAUGUGAACGGUCACAUGAUGUGCGUUUUCCGUCAUUUUAAAACAGACGGAGAUCAGUUCUGAAAGGCCGGUGUGGACGGAGAUGGUUUCAGUUUAGUGUAUGAAAGCAGGAAUGUGGAUGGAGCCUGAGGUUCUGGAAAACAUUAGAGUCAAACUUCCCUACAGACGUUGUACAUUCACAUCGAGGACCCCCGAACUGACACAAAUUAGACCCCGGACCUCCAUCUGAUUGUAUUUUUGCUUUUAGAUGUUUUAUAACAGAAAGUGCAUGAAACCUAUGACCUAAAUAAUCACACACUCUGUCAUUGUGUCACUUAUGGAUGGAAUAAUCGUGAACAUACCCUGAGAACUACAUUGUAAAAGCAGACACGGCUCGUUUCAGCUGCAGCCAACAAGAACCGAAUCAUUCAGGAGAACAGCGUCCCUGCAGCGACGUCCCAACUCCUGGAUGUUCACGAUCCUCUGCAGGAAUUUGUCCUCUGCUGCUUUCAGUCAGGCACACGUGUUUAAAUCUGCUGUCAAGAAGUCGCCACAGCUGGAAAACCGCACAGAGCAGACGGCUUCUUCUUUUUACUGCCGUUAACAUUUUCUUUUCCUUAAAUAUUGAGUUCCUGUCAAUAACAAUAUGUUUCCCUUAUUUUUAUAAUGUAUUAAUGUCUAAAUAACGAGUCGAGGUUCACUGAAGAAAAAGGAGACUUUAUUUCUGUGUUUACGUUGUGUUUUCUCACUUUGCUGCAAGUGUUGUCAAACAGGUGAAGAUGUUUUCUAAAGAUGAGCUCUCUGGGCCACCGUACUGAUCUAAACUCCGCAGGCAGCUUCUGAUUAAUAAUAUAAUAAUAAUAUCAACACAUCUCAGAAUGUGUGUGAUUUGAUUUUGACUUUGAACUAAAAGUGAAGCAUUUUCACUGUCAGCAGUUUGGUAAUCAGCGAGUAAAGCUUGAAGGAAAUAAAACAGAACAGUAUUUCUAUGAUGUGUGUCUGGACCCGGAGCUGCUCUUUAUCUCCAGCGUGGAUGUUAAAUUCAGGAUUAACUCUUAAAGGUUCAGUGUGGGAAUACUUUUAAUGAUUAUACUUCUGUACUUUUUACUUAAGUACAAGACUUGAGUACUUUGAAACAUGUAAAAAAGAAAACGUGCUUGUUGUUUCAUGUUCUGUCCUCAGAACCUCAGACAUCUUCCAGAUGAGCGUGUUUGUACUAAUAAACAAGAAAGACACCUUUGCAGAGCUCAGCAGUCAGGUCGCAGGAGCCACCGCACACUCGGAUUACUUCUUUACAUUUUUUAUUAAACUUUUGUUUAAUCAGGCAAGUUAGUUAGGAACAAAAAAUCAUAUAUUCAACCACAGCCUGGCAAGAGGAAGAGAGAUACACGGGAAUAAAGAGUCUGUAAAAUAAGAUGGACACAGAGUUUUACUUUACUGUGAGUACUUUACUCUGCACUCACAGCCAGGUGUGUUAAAUAGGUAGUGUCUAAAUCACAUGACCCGUAAUCCCAGUCUGCAUCUUUUCUCUUGCUUUUUUUGUUUUUUUCAAGUGAAAACAGAAACGUGUUACACAUAAUUCUCUAAUUCAAAAGUCAUAAACAUGAUAAAUCUAGAAAAACAUAAGUGAGUCACAAGAAUUGCAUCAUUUCACAUAAGUACGGCUGAAGGAUCAUUGUCACAGAAAGAAGUGAAACCCCGUGUUUCAGUAACUCCAUGAGGCUCAAUCGUGUUCAGCUCCAAAAAGUCUGUGAAGAUACCCUCCUCUCAGAUUUGGGUCUCACUCUUUCAACGCCAGUAAAUCUUCCUCCCUGGAUGUACGGGACGUUUGCAGCUCGGGUUGUGACGUCAAACACCCGUCCCUUGCAACACACCCGGACUGUCACCUGAACAAACACGUUCAUGCCUGACUUCUGUUCAUCACAUCCUCCUCAUGGUUCCUGUUCACGCUCAGAUGAAUAAAAACACUCUCUGUUCAGACUCAGUCGUCUCAAAUUAGUGGAUUUAUUACAGUUGUGGUUCCAAGCGUCAGCUUGAUAACAGCAGAUAAUCUCACUGCCAAGGCCAGAGAGACGGCCUGUAGGGCUGAGCAAUAAAACAAUAGUGAUAAUUAUCUCAAUAUAAUUUUCCUCAAUAACAAAUGUCCAAUAAAUUUUUGAUUUUAUUCAUUUGAAUCACAAAUGAAUCAGCACUUAAUGUUCCUUCUAAGAUCUUAAUCUUGUUGUGGAAAACCGAUUUUACUUAAUUUUCCUCGUGCAUAUUUGUUAAACAUAUAAAACAGAUUUAAUCAGAAUAGUUCUGAAUGUUCUGCCUCAGGUUUGUGAAGUGAUGAGCUGUUUGUUCUGACCACAAAGUAAAAGUUUAAAACCGCAUUAACUUUCACUCAGAAGCAAAAAUCAGCCUUAAAUAAUGAUUUGACAUUUAUCCUGAUAAUUAUCGAUACCGAUUUGAUAUGAAAUUUAUUAUCGUGAUAACAUUUUUGCCCGCAUCGCCCAGCUGUAUUAAACUGUCAUGUCUCUAAGAACCAAACUCCAGUCAGAACGAAGCACCAACAAGCAAAUCUGAAAGUAGUGAGACGCCUCAGGGUCUUCUUUUCUAUUGUUUUUGUAUUAUUGUCUCUUGGGUAUUAUUGUCUUUACACUUGUUAAAGCACUUUGUAACUUGUUUUUGAAAAGUGCUCUAUAAAUAAAGAUUAUUAUUAUUCUAUCUUCAGACUGCACACUCUGAACCUCCUCCCACUUCUAACAGAUGAUUUAACAGGGAUUUCAGUCAUUUCACCGCACAGAAACGUGUUUCCGCUGCUGGACCUGUUUCAUGAAAAAUAAACCAAAAGUGUUGUCGUCUUAAUCUACAUAUAGUAGAUGUCAUAUUAUUAAUCAUAUCAGAGACCGUAUACGGCAAUGUUAGUUUAAGUACAACACUGGUCUUUGGUUUGGUUUGGUUUCUAUUUUUAUUUCAUAAACUUCUAAUUAUUUAUUUUUUAGUCUCUCUGUUUAUCUGGACUUAUAUCUGUCUUUGUGCUGCUGCAACACCUGAAUCUCUCCUCUGAGGAUCAAUAAAGGUUUCUUAUCUUAUUACCAUGUA